AUGGCGCGAAAAACGACGCAAACUCGGUACAUAAGGGCUAUGGAUCACAGCCUUCUCUGUCUCGUGCUGUUGGCCCUGCUGGGUCUAGCUAAUAGUCAAGGUUAUCUAAGCACAUGUGCAAGGAUGGAUGUACCAAUCCUUGACAAGGUUGCAAGAGCAGCUUGCAUAGCAUCGUGCAGUAUACAGAAUUGUGGAACUGGAUACUGUCAGGUUAGAAGAGGACGCAAGACAUGUGUUUGUUACCGAUGUGCCAAUGGCGGAAACGUUCCGCUAGAUGAUUUGAUUGGCAAAAAAGGAAAAUAG